AGCCUGGUGGGUCGUCUGAAGGAGAAUCUCGAAAAGUUAACAGAGGAGAGAAACCAACGCAUCGCUGCAGAAAACAGGGAGAAGGAGCAGAAUAAGCGCAUGCAGAGGCAGAUAAGGGACAUGAAAGAAGAAAUGGGAGAGCUGUCGAAGAAGGAGUCCGAGGCGAGCCGGAAGAAGCACGAACUGGAAAUGGACAUCGAGAGCUUAGAGGCGGCAAAUCAGAGCUUACAAGUGGACCUUAAGCUGGCCUUCAAGAGGAUAGGUGACCUGCAGGCUGCCAUAGAGGACGAGAUGGAGAGUGAUGACAAUGAUGACUUAAUCAACAGAGGGGUUGGGGGUUAUGCUAGCUCCGAGCCCACUGAGGUAAACACCGACUGCA